AUGAUCUUCCUGGUUCUGUUCGUCUGGACUAUGCCUUGCAUCGCUAACCAUCUUCUCAGUAGCUUUGUAAAAGCAGAAAGCCAGAAAGGCUCCUGGCAACUUGUCUGCAGCAUGCCAGGACCCCAAGGCCCUCCAGGCCCGCCAGGAGCUCCAGGUUCUCCUGGGACUAUGGGAAGGAUGGGCUUCCCAGGGAGAGAUGGACAGGAUGGAAAGGAUGGGGAGAAAGGAGAGGUUGGAGAGGAAGGUCCAGAAGGCAAAGCAGGAGACUCAGGCAAACCAGGGCCAAAAGGAAAAGCCGGAGCCAUUGGCAAGGCUGGUCUCCGUGGUCUGAAGGGUCUGAAAGGAAGCCCCGGGAAAAAUGGAGCACCAGGAAAGAAAGGUCCCAAAGGAGCACGGGGCGACAUUGGGAUGCCAGGGCCCUGCAGCUGUGGGGCCAGCAAAGCCAAGUCAGCGUUCUCCGUUGCAGUGACCAAAAGCUACCCAAGGGAGAGACUGCCCAUCAAGUUUGACAAGAUCCUGAUGAAUGAAGGUGGGCAUUACAAUGCUUCUAGUGGGAAAUUUGUAUGCAGUAUCCCUGGCAUCUACUACUUUACCUAUGAUAUCACUUUGGCCAAUAAACAUUUGGCUAUCGGGCUGGUGCACAAUGGACAGUAUCGGAUAAAAACGUUUGAUGCCAACACUGGUAACCAUGAUGUAGCUUCUGGGUCAACUAUUCUUUCUCUAAAACAGGACGAUGAAGUCUGGCUGCAGAUCUUCUACUCUGAACAGAAUGGACUUUUUUAUGAUCCCUACUGGACAGACAGCCUUUUUACUGGCUUCCUGAUAUAUGCUGACCAGGAUUAUGUCAAUGAACUAUAAAGAGAGACUCCAUUGCCAAUAAACCGUAAUGGGAAACUGAGCAUGAAAAAGUUAUAGUUACAAUGUACAUACAGCUAUGAAAUAGCCCUUUCUGCUGUGGCAGGCCUAAUACCGACUGUGGCCCAAAGUCACUGCUACAAUAUUUAUAGCCAGCUAAAUAGUCUAAGGCUCAGUUCAAAUGUAAUACAAAUCCCAGUUUUAUUAACUAUAGUUUUUGUGA